UAAGUCCGGGUAGAGGGUCACAGCAAGCGCUCCUACACGUGUGACAACACGGUAAACCUCUUACUGAAAGAACAAUAUUCAGUCAUUGAAAGUAUCUGUAACUCUAAUGUAUUGAACGUGUACAGGGCAUUAAGCUUAAACUCGACUACUGAGCUAACUUCAAUCCCGGGGGAGGAAAUGCCGCUCAAACUCGAGUUCUAGAGCCUUCACCAUCCGAUUAUUGACCAGUUGGGAGAUUUUAAACCUAUGACUUUUUUUUAAGUGAAAAUAUAAAGUGAUAGACCAAUCUGUGCUUGGUGUUCGCCCAUGAAACAGGGCGAAAUCAGCCACUUUCAACUUAGUUUGCAGUGAUUUAAUAUUUAGCAGACUAGUUUAAUAUGAUUGAGAAACAAGCGAUAGGAAACACCGAACAAAACGAGGAUGAGACCAAGGCAGACCUUGUCAAACUGGAAGGAGGUGACGCGGUGCUGAACGCCGAAGACCCGGGUCAGCUGGACGGACAUGGAGCCGUGCAGCCCACCCGGCUGUACAAACGACGCUGGAUGAUCGUCCUCCUGUUCAGCUCAUAUUCACUAUGCAACUCUUUCCAAUGGAUACAGUACGGCAUCAUCAACAACAUAUUUAUGAAGUUCUACAGCGUGGACGCCUUUACCAUAGACUGGAUGUCCAUGAUCUACAUGCUGACAUACAUUCCCUUCAUCUUCCCGGUGACCUGGCUGCUGGACAAAAAGGGGCUCCGGGUCAUCGCGCUGGUGGCCACCGCGCUUAACUGUGCAGGCACAUGGAUCAAAGUGGCCAGCGUCAAACCCAACCUGUUCGCCGUCACCUUUCUGGGACAGUUCUGCUGCUCGUUUGCGCAGGUGUUCAGCCUCGGUAUGCCCUCCAUGAUCGCCUCAGUGUGGUUCGGCUCAGAGGAAGUGUCCACCGCCUGCUCCAUCGGAGUCUUCGGGAGUCAGCUGGGUAUUGCCAUCGGGUUCCUUGUGCCUCCCAUCCUGGUGCCGAAUGUGGACGACAUGGACGAGCUGGCUCACCACAUCAGCGUGAUGUUCUACAUCACAGCAGCAGUUGCCACCUUACUCUUCAUCCUCGUGGUCUGUGUCUUCCAGGAGCGACCUCCACUUCCUCCGACUCAGGCCCAGGCCACAGCUCGCAGCAUCCCCUCUGGGCAGUACUCAUACACAGCCUCGGUCCUCAGGCUGCUCCGCAACCGGCCCUUCAUCCUCCUCAUCAUCACUUAUGGUUUGAAUGUGGGAUGUUUCUAUGCUGUCGGCACCCUGCUGAACCGCAUUAUCAUUGAGCAUUACCCUGGAGAAGAGGUGAAUGCUGGGAGAAUUGGUCUAACCAUUGUCAUUGCGGGGAUGGUUGGCUCCCUGAUUUGUGGCAUUUGGUUGGACAAAACCAAAACCUACAAACAGACAACCCUUGCUGUGUACUUCAUGUCUCUGGUGGGGAUGAUCGUCUUUGCUGCCACACUCAGUCUGGGACACCUCUGGGUGGUCUUCAUCACUGCUGGAGCGCUCGGAUUCUUCAUGACAGGCUACCUGCCACUGGGCUUUGAGUUUGCGGUCGAGCUGACGUUCCCAGAGUGUGAAGGAACCUCAUCCGGACUGCUCAACUGUUCAGCACAGGUGUUCGGCAUUAUCUUCACCAUCAGCCAGGGGAAGAUCAUCGACAGAUUCGGCACUCUGGCAGGAAACAUCUUCCUCUGUGUUUUUCUUCUAAUCGGCACAGUAAUGACGGGCCUAAUCAAGUCUGAUCUGCGGAGACAAAAGGCAAACAUGUUGGCAAAAGCAGCAGCGGCGAAGCAGAUGUCAGGACAAGACUACGGAACCACAACGCUAAUCUCCAAUCCACUGACCCCCCCUUCACAAGCCUGAUCAAUGUACCUUUCUGCUUCCACAAAAAUAUCUUCUCAAAUCUUAGCUCGACAUGCAGAUGCACUAAGGGACCUUCCGACUAUCCCAAUGGGAGCGUGGCUGCAUCGCCUAUCAUCGAAGAAGCUAAGCUUUAGAGGCCACACACACACACACACACACACACACACACACACACACACACACACACACACACCUAAAGUAAAAGCCUUGAAAAUGACCAUGAUCUCCUUUCCUGUUACAGUGUAACAUACUGAGAUAUAUCAACUCUAUUAGGAAGUAUUGAAUCCCACUUCCCUUCUAAGAAGAGUUAGAUGUACAUUGUACAAUGUUGUAUUAACUAUUUAUAAAAAAAAAAAAUCUGAAUUAUAUUGGAUAUUUAAUGCUCAAUUUCAGCAUAUAAAAUCCACUGUUAUUGUUAUUUUUAAUUGUUACUUGAAUUCUCUCACUACAUCUGCAAGAAAAAUCUGUGACUUGUUUGUUUGUGCCUUGACAAUUUUACCUGUCACUAUUUUAAAAGGUGUACACUUGAUUGUGUAUAGGUUGUAUAGGUAAAUGUUCUAUAAAGAAGUGACUAAUUUCAUUAUUGCAUAAACAAUUAAUCAUGUAAAUACAGUGUCCAGGUAUUCAUUAGUGAUGUUGAUAGAAUGUAUUUAUGAUUAAAUAAUUCACACAGUCCAAAGUGAGGGAUAACAUUCAUGACAGAUAUUAUUUGUAAAACCAUGCAUGUUUACUUAUUUCAUGUGAAAUAAAACUGUUUUAUAAAAUUA